CUAAUUCUCUGCAAGAUACACAAAAAGCACUCACACAUAUAGGCUGAUUUUCCCUUCACGUUGAAAGAAAAGCAGUCUGAAAUUUUACUUCGCAAAUUCUUCAAAUCAAAAAAAGAGGAACAAGAGUCAGUUUGGCUUCAAGUUCUCAAAGACACACAAAAAGCACUCACGCAUAUCGGCUGAUUUUCCGUUCACGUUGAAAGAAAAGCAGUCUGAAAUUUUACUUUACAAAUUCUUCAAAGCAAAAAAAGAGGAACAAGAGUCAGUUUGGCUUCAGAAACCCAAUGUGUACAUUUACGAAUGGGGAUUGGGAAUGCGCAGAAGGACAGAUCAUUUGAUAGUUGGAGGAAGCAGGUUAUUCUUGGGAAGAAAUAAAAAUUGCGGAUUCUGUUUGAGAUUGAUGAGGAAUACGAAUUACUACACACUAUUUGUAGCAGCUGCAACAAGCAAAGAGGAUGGGGGCGAGGAAUUUGUGAAGAUGAUGAGAGAAGCUCAGCCAUACUUUGUUGCACAUAGAGGAAGCAUAUUCGUCCUCCUCCUUUCUGCAGAGAUCAUUGAUAGCACCUUCUUGUCCUCCAUUCUUGAGGACAUCUCCCUCCUUCAUGGUCUGGGAAUCAAGUUUGUUCUUGUACCAGGAACUCAUGUUCAGAUUGACCGGCUUCUCGCUGAAAGGGGAAGUGAGCCCAAGUACGUAGGCCGCUACAGAAUUACAGAUCCUGAUUCACUCAAUGCGGCUAUGGAUUCAUCUGGAAGAAUUCGUCUUAUGAUAGAGGCAAAGUUGUCUCCUGGCCCUUCAUUGACUGGUGUCCGCCGGCACGGAGAAAAUAGUCGCUGGCAUGAUAGUGUCGGUGUUGCCAGUGGUAAUUUUCUAGCAGCAAAGAAAAGAGGAGUUGUGGAAGGAAUCGAAUAUGCUUCAACAGGUGAAGUAAAGAAGGUAGAUGUUUCUCGAAUUCGUGAGAGGCUUGAUCAGGAUUGCAUUGUGCUAUUAAGCAAUCUUGCUUAUUCCAGCUCUGGAGAAGUAUUAAACUGCAACACAUACGAAGUUGCGACAGCUUGUGCCUUGGCUCUAGGAGCAGAAAAACUAAUUUGUAUCAUAGACGGCCCAAUUCUUGAUGAGUCUGGCCGUCUUAUCAGCUUCUUAACUCUUGAAGAUGCUGAUAUGUUGGUCCGCAAAAGAGCUGAGCAAAGUGAGACUGCUGCUAAUUACGUAAAAGCUGUUAGUCAGGAGGACUUCAAUCAUUUUGGUUACAAUGAUUCCAAUGGAUCACUCCUUUCCCAAAAUGGCAAUGAUUAUAGCCGAAGAUACAAUCCUACAUUUCAAAAUGGCAUUGGUUUUGACAGUGGAAACGGGCUUUGGUCUAGUGAACAAGGUUUUGCAAUUGGAGGACAAGAGAAACUAAGUAGAUCAAAUGGUUAUCUCUCAGAGUUAGCUGCUGCUGCUUUUGUUUGCCGAGGAGGUGUUCAAAGAGUGCACCUGUUGGAUGGCACUAUUGGUGGAGUUUUACUGAAGGAAUUGUUCCAAAGAGAUGGAGUUGGGACAAUGGUUGCUAGCGAUCUUUAUGAAGGAGCACGGAUGGCCAAGGUGUCGGAUAUUCCUGGAAUAAAGCAGUUAUUACAGCCGCUAGAAGAGUCUGGAACAUUGAUCAGAAGGACUGAGGAAGAGCUAGUGGAAGCGUUGCAUUCAUUCAUUGUUGUGGAGAGAGAGGGACACAUUAUAGCUUGUGCAGCGCUCUUUCCUUACUUUGAAGAAAAAUGUGGUGAGGUUGCUGCCAUUGCUGUUUCUCCUGAUUGUCGUGGCCAAGGACAGGGAGACAAGUUACUUGAUUACAUUGAGAAGAAGGCGUCUUCCCUUGGAUUGCAAAUGCUAUUCCUACUAACAACUCGCACAGCUGAUUGGUUUGUGAGACGUGGCUUUUCCGAAUGUUCCAUCGAUCAUAUACCAGAGCAAAGAAGGAAAAAGAUCAAUCUCGCCCGUAGAUCAAAGUAUUACAUGAAAAAGCUGCUACCUGAUAAGAGUGGUAUACGUAUUGAUUGCACUUUAGCAUAGGAAUUGAAGGUUUUUCUUCUGCCAGUGUACAAGCUCUGCAACAAAGCUCAUAUUUAGUGGAGUAAGUGGAUAAUCCUUACGUCCAAUACAGUCUAGUAGUAUUAUAGAAGUCUCACACAAAAAGAGUAGGCUCAUUUCUCACCGUCCUCUUCUCCGCUCCUACUACUGUGAUCAAUUUUGAUCUAAAUGUAUGGUAGUUAUUGUAUAGGUCCAAAUUUGGUCGACCACGACUACUGUCAAAUAUGACAAAAGAUGAGGUCUUCACAGCAUGACGUCCUUGUAUAGGUCCAAAUUUGGACGACCACGACCAUUGACGAAUACGAUAAACGACGAGAUCUUCGUAGCUCGACGUCCUGUGGAGGACGACAGAGAAGCAAACAAAGACUGCAUGACUUUUACAGUAGUGUAGGCCCAACAGGGGGCACUAGGAAUAUUCUUUCGAAUAUUCCCUAUGGUAUGUCUUCUAGGUUCAGAAGGGAUUUGUCUCUUAUAUAUAGCAGGAAAACAACCUUGUAAGAGGGAUUUUUUUGCUUUUUUAGCUAAGAACGUAACACUUUUCUACAUAAACGAUUCGCAUCCUUAAUGUUCGAUCACUCAUCUGGGCAAGAUCAAGAAAUAUUGUCCACUGUGUUCAUCUUUUA